CUCCAGUGAAAGGAGCCCUUCUGUCACUGGUCCCUCGCUCGCUCGCUCGCUGGCGGUGGGAGGAGCCGGGAGGAAGCUGUGCGCCCGGGAGGCCGGGAGCGGAGAUGGAUCUGCUCCGAGAGGGGACGCUGCUGACGACCCCGGCUUCCCGAGGCGGCUAGAGACAGGCCACUUGUGUUGGCUGGCUGCAGAGACCGCAGACGCAAGAGCCCGAGGCCCCGGGGACCGACGGACGGCUGGUGGGCGACCCGGCGAGGACCGCGGCUCAGGCUGAGCCGGGAGAGCCGAGGAGGAGAAACUCACCGCGAGCCCAAGUUGCCCGCCGGCUCGCCCUCGCCGCGCCGAGGAAUGAAACCUUUCCAGCUCCACCUGCUCCUCGUCUGCUUCUUCCUCUUCAGUCAAGAGCUGGGCCUCCAGAAGAGAGGAUGCUGUCUGGUGCUGGGCUACAUGGCCAAGGACAAAUUUCGGAGAAUAAAUGAAGGCCAAGUGUACUCCUUCAGCCAGCAGCCCCAGGACCAGGCUGUGGUGUCGGGGCAGCCAGUGACCCUGCUGUGUGCCAUCCCAGAAUAUGAUGGAUUCGUUCUGUGGAUCAAAGACGGCCUGGCUCUGGGUGUGGGCAGGGACCUCUCAAGUUACCCACAGUACCUGGUGGUAGGGAACCACCUGUCAGGGGAACAUCACCUGAAGAUCCUGCGGGCAGAGCUGCAAGAUGAUGCUGUAUAUGAGUGUCAGGCCAUCCAGGCUGCCAUCCGGUCCCGCCCCGCACGCCUCACCGUCCUAGUGCCACCCGAUGACCCCGUCAUCCUGGGGGGGCCCGUAAUCAGCCUGCGGGCAGGGGACCCCCUCAACCUCACCUGCCACGCAGACAACGCCAAGCCUGCAGCUUCCAUCAUCUGGCUGCGGAAGGGAGAGGUCAUCAACGGGGCCACCUACUCCAAGACGCUGCUUCGUGAUGGCAAGCGUGAGAGCAUCGUGAGUACCCUCUUCAUCUCCCCCGGAGACGUGGAGAAUGGGCAGAGUAUCGUGUGCCGAGCCACCAACAAAGCCAUCCCUGGAGGGAAGGAGACCUCGGUCACCAUCGACAUCCAGCAUCCCCCACUUGUCAACCUGUCCGUGGAACCACAGCCAGUGCUAGAAGACAAUGCUGUCACAUUCCACUGCUCUGCAAAGGCCAACCCAGCUGUCACCCAGUACAGGUGGGCCAAGCGGGGCCAGAUCAUCAAGGAAGCAUCCGGAGAAGUGUAUCGGACCACCGUGGACUACACGUACUUCUCAGAGCCUGUGUCCUGCGAGGUGACCAACGCCCUGGGCAGCACCAACAUCAGCCGCACGGUCGACGUCUAUUUCGGGCCCAGGAUGACAACAGAGCCGCAGUCCCUGCUUGUGGAUCUGGGCUCUGAUGCCGUCUUCAGCUGUGCCUGGACCGGAAACCCAUCCCUGACCAUCGUGUGGAUGAAGCGGGGCUCUGGUGUGGUCCUGAGCAAUGAGAAGACCCUGACCCUCAAAGCCGUCCGCCAGGAGGAUGCUGGGAAGUAUGUGUGCCGAGCGGUGGUGCCCCGGGUGGGAGCCGGGGAGCGAGAGGUGACCCUGACUGUCAAUGGACCCCCCAUCAUCUCCAGCACCCAGACCCAGCACGCCCUCCAUGGAGAGAAGGGCCAGAUCAAGUGCUUCAUCCGGAGCACACCGCCGCCGGACCGAAUAGCCUGGUCAUGGAAGGAAAAUGUGCUGGAGUCGGGGACGUCAGGGCGCUACACCGUGGAGACUGUCAGCACGGAGGAGGGUGUCAUCUCUACCCUGACCAUCAGCAACAUCGUGCGGGCCGAUUUCCAGACCAUCUACAACUGCACCGCCUGGAACAGCUUCGGCUCUGACACGGAGAUCAUCCGGCUCAAGGAGCAAGGUUCGGAAAUGAAGUCGGGAGCCGGGCUGGAAGCAGAGUCUGUGCCGAUGGCCGUCAUCAUCGGGGUGGCCGUAGGAGCUGGCGUGGCCUUCCUCGUCCUCAUGGCAACCAUUGUGGCCUUCUGCUGUGCCCGCUCCCAGAGAAAUCUCAAAGGUGUUGUGUCAGCCAAGAAUGAUAUCCGAGUGGAGAUUGUCCACAAGGAGCCUGCCUCUGGCCGGGAGGCCGAGGAACACCCCACCAUCAAGCAGCUGAUGAUGGACCGGAGUGAAUUCCAACAAGACUCAGUCCUAAAGCAGCUGGAGGUCCUCAAAGAAGAGGAGAAGGAGUUUCAGAACCUGAAGGACCCCACCAAUGGCUACUACAGCGUCAACACCUUCAAGGAGCACCACUCGACCCCCACCAUCUCACUGUCCAGCUGUCAGCCGGACCUGCGUCCCACAGGCAAGCAGCGAGUGCCCACGGGCAUGUCCUUCACCAACAUCUACAGCACCCUGAGUGGUCAGGGCCGUCUCUACGACUAUGGCCAGAGGUUCGUGCUGGGCAUGGGCAGCUCUUCCAUUGAGCUCUGUGAGCGUGAGUUCCAAAGGGGCUCCCUCAGCGACAGCAGCUCCUUCCUGGACACGCAGUGUGACAGCAGUGUCAGCAGCAGCGGCAAGCAGGAUGGCUACGUGCAGUUCGACAAGGCCAGCAAGGCCUCUGCCUCCUCUUCCCACCACUCCCAAUCCUCUUCCCAGAACUCCGACCCCAGCCGACCCCUGCAGCGGCGGAUGCAGACUCAUGUCUGAGGAUCCCAGACCUCGGGCAGGGAGGGGAGGAACAGGGGCCAUGACACAUCUUGGCUCUCCAGAUACUAUGGGUACUUUGCAGAGGACCCCAGAACUGGCAGCCUCCAGGACAGCCCCAGAGUGCCUCCUCCGAAGACCUGAUCAAGCACAAAUCUGUGUCCCCAGCUACAAUGUGCCAGAGGUGUGGGGUAGGGACGUGUCAGAGGAUACUGCUCAGAGCACUGUGCUCCGUGCCGGACACUCUGGUCCCCGGCCCUUUCCUGGAGGCCCCUCCCUACCUGCUCCUCCCACAGGCACUAGAGGCAGCUAUAACUUUGCUUUAAUGAAACUGCCAUCCACUCUCCAGUCUCCCCAUCAGCUCUCCCCCCUUGCUGCCCAUACUCCCCACCCCUGUGCCUGUGCUCCUGUACAACCUUGGGGAGAAGCGGGGGUGAAGCACUCCCCUACACCUACACUGAGCUGCCCCAGAGACCCCAGUGCCCUCUGCUGCACAGAGCCCAGACCCUGGAGGCUGAAACCAGAAAUGGCCCUGGCCACAGGACUCUCUCUCACCAUACUGGCUGGGAGCCCACCCCCAAUUUGUUUGGUGUUUUGUGUCCUAUAUUCUUGCAGUUCUGUCCUUGGACUGGGUGCCUCUGAACUCUGAGCGGGGACUGGCCCGAUCAGAGACUGGUGUUCAGGGAAAGGGAGGGAGGGGAAGGAGGGGAAGGAAGUGUGAGCACUCGAGGAACACCUCGCCCGACAUGCCCCUUGCCAGGCUGUGCGCCUCAGAGCCUCCCCACCCACCCCUUGCUUUGUGUACUCCCCUACAGCACAUCAGAGUUAAUAUAUGGAGUGUGAGAGCUUCUCUGGUCAUGGGGGAAAGUGUUUCCUGGGAGAUGUAGGUUUGAGGGGAAUAGAGGUCAGGUCUUUAAGAUGGUAAGACUCGCCUUUUCAGCAGACGAGUCUCCUGGGGCCUAGAUUCACACCAGGAACAGUGGUCCCGUCUUCAAUAAGACUCCGCAGGCUAGAGAGAAAGUAUAUCGACAUUUCACCCCUCCUACUCACCACCUGGGAAUAAAUAUUAGGG